CAGUAGGGAACCGGCGGAGGAACCGGGGAAUUGGCUGCCUCCCGCUGCGCAAGGGACAAUUUCGUCAUGUUGGUCCGGGCCUCCGAUCCUUGCCCACCUCCUGUUUAGCCCGAUGAGAAUGAGUCCCCCGCCUGAUUUGAGCGAGCUUCCUUUGCCUCCCACCGCUCAAGAUAUAAGACAGAUCCAGGGGAGUCUCUCGUAUCCUGGUCAGCAGUGACAACGUCCUGACAGCUGCUCCUGAGAAAAGUUUCCAAGUGUAGUACAAAAUGCCAACCAUUGUCACCUUAAUUUUUCUACUUUUAAGCAUUGCAAUUAUUGUUACUAUUACUCUUGUUCAGAUGAAUCGGAAACAGAUCCUUUCUCCAGGUCUAAAGUAUGGAAUAGUGCUUGAUGCUGGUUCAUCUCGGACAACAGUCUAUGUUUAUGAAUGGCCAGCAGAAAAAGAAAAUAAUACCGGAGUAGUAAGUCAAACCUUCAAGUGUAAUGUGAAAGGCCCUGGAAUAUCCAGCUAUGGCAGCAACCCUCAAGAAAUUGCUAUGCCCAUCAAUGAUUGCAUGAAUAAAGUAAAGGAGAAAAUUCCUUUGCAUUUGCAUAAAAGCAUACCUGUCUACUUGGGAGCCACAGCUGGCAUGAGACUUCUGAGGUUGCAAAAUGAAUCAGCAGCCAGUGAAGUCCUUCAGAGCAUUCAGACCUAUUUCACGUCACAGCCCUUUGAAUUUAGGGGUGCUCAAAUCAUAACUGGGCAAGAGGAAGGGGUAUAUGGAUGGAUUACAGCCAACUAUUUAAAAGGCAAUUUCUUGGAGAAAAACCUUUGGAGUGCCUGGGUCCAUCCCCGUGGAGUUGAGACUAUAGGUGCGCUGGAUCUAGGAGGGGCUUCCACUCAGAUAUCAUUCAUUCCUGAGGAAAGCAUACAAAUUUUCAACAGUACACUACAGGUGCAGCUGUUUGGUUACCAAUACAAGGUGUAUACCUACAGUUUCCAAUGUUAUGGGAGAGAUGAAGCGGAGAAAAAACUGCUAGCUUCAAUUCUGCAGGAUUCAGACAAUAAAUCCGGGAUAAAAAAUCCAUGCUAUCCUCAGAAUUAUAGAACUGUUCUGACAAUGAAACAUUUAUAUGGAAGCCUUUGCACAGCAUUUCUAAGACCAGAGAGCUACACCCCAAGCCAGCCUGUACAUGUCAUAGGAACUGGGGAUCCAGUCCUUUGCAGGGAGGCAGUGUCAACGUUAUUUGAUUUCAAAUCUUGUAGAGACAGAGAAGAUUGCUCAUUCAAUGGAAUCUACCAGCCAAAAGUUAAAGGGAAUUUCGUGGCCUUUUCUGGAUUCUAUUACACAGUCAAUGCUCUGAAUUUAACUGGACAAUUUUCACUAGCUGAGUUUAAUUCAAGCAUGUGGACUUUCUGCUCACAAGAUUGGAACCAGUUGCCAUUUAUGCUCUCUAAAUUUGAGGAAACAUAUGCAAGAUCUUACUGCUUUUCAGCAAACUAUAUCUACCACUUACUUAUACAUGGGUAUAAGUUCAAUGCUGACAACUGGCCUCAGAUUCAUUUUCAAAAAGAAGUUGAUAACAGCAGCAUUGCCUGGUCACUGGGCUAUAUGCUUAGCCUCACCAAUAUGAUCCCAGCAGAAAGCAAUAGAAUUUGGUUACCUAUGAAUCCUUCUCUGUUUGCUGGACUGCUCCUCUUCUUCACAGCAGUGGCAUUACUGUGUCUGAUUUUCCUGGUGUAUUCAUAUGUUCGAUCUCGCAUGCAAAAGAACACUUGUCAAGUUGAACAUGUGUUUGCCAUAGAAUAAAUCACGUUCAAAAAAGA